AUGUCAGCGUUGAGGGCUUCCCAGCGCAUUCGUGAGACUCGCCAACAGUCCACUUCGACUAUUAUACAGGGGGGAUCAGAAAAAGCCACGCCCAAGGUCUGCACUCGACUUAGGAGUGCCCCCGUACCCAAAGGAGUGCAGCUCAUAGAGAUCCAAACGGGCCCUCAGAUCAAAGCCAAGAAAGCUGCGCCCGCUGGACGAGUAACGCCUGCCAGCCGUCCACCGUCAAAGCCUUCGACGUCCAUCGCAAGGGUCUUAAAGACACCUAUUCAAGUCAAACCUGUCAAUGUAUCUCCUGAAGCGGACAAUAGUCCUCAGUUUUUGCCCUCAGUGCGCAGCAGCAACUCUGGACGAAAGCGGCCUCGUGACGAUUCUGAGGAGAAUGAUGAUAGCGUGGUGGUGAGCCCUCGCAAGCGCAGAGCGCUAAACCGGACUCAGAGCUUCAUGGCAAGCCAACAGGAUGAAAUAGCAACAGAAUCUACCACGGUCGACAACGAGGUCAUCCAAAGCGAGGAUGCAAAGGACGCGACCAUCGCAGAACUUCGAGCCUAUGCGUCACAAGCCGACACUCGCAUCGCCGAGUUGAAGCGAGAUGUCAAAAGACUUCAAGCACAGGUGGGCAAUCUGCAGGCCUCUAAGUCGCUGCUCGCAGCCAAGCUCGGAGUGUCGAUCGACGAACGUUCCCCACUUGGCGAGACCGUCGAGCUACCUCCUCUAAAGGAUAAUCAAAUUACUCGUGGAGUAGGUCUUAUGGCAGAUUCUCCACGCUUUCUCGUCGAGGGCGAGCAGUUCGAAGUCAACGCUGGCGUGAUCACCUGUGGGGACGUCCUUGGUACUGGUGGAACGAGCAGCGUUAUCGCGGCAACGUUGAAGAGGUCGGAACGAGAUACGCCACCUGAACUUAUUGUGAUCAAGUCAGUCAAUCGCGAGCCGGGACAAGGACUCGACGCGAAGGUUCGGCGCGAAAUCCUGGCCUUGGAGAAGUUCAGCCCAUUAGGCGUAACUAGUCGACACAUCACGACGAUUGAGGCACGCAACUGCUUCGCAAUCGUCAUGGAGAGACACGUGACAACGUUGUGGGAUGUGCUCGAGCAAUACAAGUCUGAGCGAGGCUCCAAGGGGAUUCCAGCAAACCUGAUACAAGACCUCGCGCAUGAGUUGACACUCCUACUGGAUCAACUCCACAGAAUCGGGUGGACCCACAGAGACAUUAAGCCAGACAAUAUACUGGUGACGAAGUCCGGUCGACUACUCCUCUCUGAUAUGGGCAUUGCUGGCCCCGUCUCGGCCGUCUAUGGAGGAUAUUACGGGACGGAGGGUUUCAUUCCACCCGAGAUCGCAAAUAAACAGCCAGAACAGUACACAAACCUGGCUCACGACGUCUGGGCCCUUGGGGCUACCCUGCUCUGGAUGGCUGGCACGGUUUUGGAGAAUCAGAACGAUCCAAGGAAGGCUAGCCAGAAGAAAUUAAACAAGGUGAUCGCAAAGGCCUUUCCACAGCAACCCAAUGCACGCGAUUUCGUGCAGAAAUGCCUCCAAAAGAACCCAAAGAAGAGAAUGACUCUACAGCAAGCUCUCGAGCAUUCGUGGAUUGCCAAUUGCCCGUCUGGGUUCCCUGAGGAAGGACCAUGGAUGAAUAUCUGCGAGCACGUACCCAGAAGCUGUUCUCUGGCCCACGUGGAGAGACCGUUCGUGCUGGACCUCGGCCCAGGACCCUACUAUGAGCUGGAGGUUGUUGGAACACCUGGGGCAUCGUAG